AAAAAGAAAGAAAAAAAACAUGCGAGAGAUCGGUACCUUCCGCUGCUCCUCCCGAGGAGAUACAGCGCAGCGGCGCUGAGACAGCACCCCACGCCGCCCCACGGGAUCAUCAUCGCGCUGCGGAUCGCAGACGAGAAUAGCGGCGUACGAAUGGAGGCGGAUAUUUGCGCGCCAAACUAUUAUUUUCCUUCCCCUUCCUAGUCUCAGCCUCUCAGGCAGCGUGGGGAGUGGGGGAGAGGAAGAACCGAAGAAAGCGGAGGAGGGGCAAAGAAAGGAACUGGAUACCAGGAUACCUACCAGAAGCUGAAACGGAUUCCGCGUCAUCGAGGAGAGUGGAUCCACACUGUCAGGUACGCUGACUAGUGGGGUCUGCACUCGCCACCGCUACUCCAGUGACACGAGGCUGUAUUGGCCCCACAGGAAAUAGGGGAGAGCGAGCUCAGUCGCUGCGACGUGGGGACAAGCCACCAUGCCAACUCUACUAGCUCUCUCACUGCGUGUCUGGGUGGGGUCCCGCAACAAUUACAGAGAGAAGCAGGGUUGCCUAGGGUUUUAGAGCAAAGGCGGGGUCUCCGCGGCGGCGACGGCGAGCCAUGGAGAACACGAAGCUCUCGUCGGCGCUAUUCGCCGGGACCCACUUCGACCGCAAGCGCUUCGCCGCCGACUUCGCCCGGUUUCGUAAAGGCCCGGCUCUCCCAUCCGCCGCCACCCCCUCCGCACCGUCCCCGGAGAAGAAGCGGAAGCGCAAGAGCGGCAAGGCAAAGGCGAAGAAGAAUAAGAAGAGAGCCCAGGAUGCGGCGGCCGCCGCCUCGUCGGAUUUUGUGGAGGGGUUCAGCGUGUUCAAGGGAUUGGCUGAUAAUAAUGCGGAGCUGCGUUCUGAGAAGGUGGAUAUGAGGAAAGAUGAUGAUUCGGUGGCUGUGAGGAGACGGAAAGAGAUUGAGAGGGAAUUCGAGAGAGCUGCAGUUCUUCGUAAGAGGUUUGAUAUCCACAUUGCCGGGCAAAAUGCUCCAGCACCACUUGAGAGCUUUGAAGAAUUGAUUUCAAGGUAUGGUUGUGAUUCUUAUUUGGUUGGAAACUUGUCAAAACUUGGUUUUCAAGAACCUACACCAAUUCAAAGGCAGGCCAUGCCCAUUCUUCUUUCGGGUAGGGAAUGCUUUGCGUGUGCACCUACUGGUUCUGGCAAGACAUUGGCUUUCUUGUUUCCACUUCUUAUGAAAAUUAAGCCAGGAUCAAAAGGUGGUGUUAAAGCCGUGAUUCUUUGCCCAACAAGGGAAUUGGCUGCACAAACUGUGAGAGAAUGCAAGAAGUUGGUUAAGGGGAGGAAGUACUAUAUUAAAUUGAUGACCAAAGAGCUGUCCAAAUCAGGGAAUUUCAAAGAUAUGCACUGUGAUAUCCUUGUUUCCACCCCUCUUCGUUUGGACCAUGCUGUGAAGAAAAGAGACCUUGAUUUAAGUAGUGUGGAAUACCUUGUCUUGGAUGAAUCUGAUAAACUUUUUGAGCUUGGAUUUGUUGAAGUGGUUGAUUCAGUUGUAGAAGCCUGUUCCAAUCCUUCAAUAAUUCGGUCUCUGUUCAGUGCCACUUUGCCCGAUUCAAUUGAGACUCUUGCACGCACUAUAAUGCAUGAUGCCAUUCGAGUCAUUGUCGGCAGAAAGAAUUCGGCCUCUUCACUGAUUAAGCAAAAGUUGAUUUUUGCUGGAACUGAGAGGGGAAAGUUGCUAACUCUUCGCCAAAACUUUCAAGAGUCUCUCAAUCCUCCAGUAUUGAUUUUUGUCCAAAGCAAAGAGAGGGCCAAAGAGCUUUACAAAGAACUGGCAUUUGAUGACAUUAGAGUUGAUGUAAUUCAUGCAGAUCUCAGUGAGCAGCAGCGUCAAGAUGCUGUUGACAAUUUGAGAGCUGGAAAGACCUGGGUACUGAUAGCAACGGAAGUCAUUGCCCGGGGAAUGGACUUCAAAGGUGUCGCCUCUGUGAUAAACUACGAUUUUCCGGAGUCGGCUGCUGCCUAUAUUCACAGGAUAGGGCGAUCCGGAAGAGCCGGUAGGUCCGGGGAGGCUAUCACGUUCUUCACAGAGGAGGACAAGCCAUUCUUGAGGAAUAUCGCCAACGUGUUGGUAUCUUCAGGCUGUGAAGUGCCUUCCUGGAUAAUGGCACUGCCAAAGCUCAAGCGAAAGAAGCACAGAGUGGAUAGGGACCCAAUCUCCUACCUACCUGACGAAGUUUGAGAGCGGCUUGGUAAGAUGCUCUAUUUAUUUAUUUUUGUGGGGAGGGGGGGAUAUAUAACACAGGCUGUCCAGAGUGGUACUUUAACCAUGCACUUCCGAGAGGUGGCACGUUGGCUUCAGUUUUCCCUGUUUGAGCAGUGCACCGAUCAGUUUGUUUAGCCACAACCCAAGACGAGGGAUCAGUAUAUCUUUGUUAAUUGGAGUACGUUACAGUUUGUGUGGACGAUUGGUGGUGAAUCCACAGAGUAGAGCAGCUCGUUUCUGUUU